GUUCUUUCUUUUGAUCCAUUGGAAAUUCCGUUUAAUUCGAAUUCUGGUUUACUAGUUUAGUUUAGAAAAUUGGCACAGUCAUUCAUUUGUAAUUAUCUGACUAUUAUUGAUAUAUAAGAUAAGAUAAAAAGAUUAUUUUACCCUUUUUCAAUUUUACAAUUUAAUUUUCAUGUCGACUCAUUCAAGAAAAGUUCAAUAACGAACUUGAUGUAAGAAUGGAGAAAGUGAAGAAACAAAAAUUGAAAAAAAAUAAGAAAGAGGACAUUUUUAAUCUGAUACAAUUCUUCGAGAUUGUUUUCGUUAUAUUGAUUAUAUAUUUAGUGGUAGCUUCUGUAAGUGAAUUAGUUCUCUUGGAUAUCCACGUGUUCUUCUCUAACAUAGGAUGGAUGUUGCUGAUGGUACAGGGUAUAUUAGUUUUUCGAGGAAUCAACCCCAUCAUAAGGAAAUUCUUGGGAAAAGACACAGUUUUCAUUCACUGGGUUUUAGAAACUAUGGCUCUGAUUGGUGCCACCAUGGGUUUAAUUAGUAUAUACCAAGCAAAGAACAACUACAAAUGGGAACACUUCAUUACUUGGCACGCAGUCUUGGGUUUUGCUGGUAUUUUGUUCUCGAUAAUGAGUGGUUUGAAUGGUAUCGUAGCUUUGUACCGAAAGGAAUUGAAGAACUAUUUUCCGCCAAGGUUGAGCAAAUUUAUCCACAUCUUGACAGGCACUAUCGGAUUCUUUUUCGGGGGUCUAUCCUUAGUAUUUGCCUGCUAUACAAAAUGGUUUGCAAUGAGAACCGCUCAUAGCUUUCUUAGCUUAUGUAUUGCGCUAUUUUUGGUUAUAGGUGUUGUCGUUUAUACGGUAAUACAACCUGUAGAUAAAAUUCGAAGGAAUUGGGAUUGGAAGAAACUUACUGCCAAGGAAUAAUUUGUUAUCUUGAAAUAGUUCUCUAUACAUACUUGAAAAUCAAUAAAAUUGCAUUGAUAAUAAAAUUUUUAUAUGACUUAAAUAUAAAUAAUUUUCUGACCAUAAAAAAGUUACCAAUAACGAAUGAAAAUAUACCAAUAUUCAAUAUAACAAGAAAAACCGACCUAAUAAAGACGAUAGUUGGCAUCCUUCCUUUGAGAUUUCAAUAGGGAAAAAUUAUAUUUAUUUCAAGCCAAAAAUUCAAAAUUAUUAAAGUUCACUGAUUACUUAUAUCAUGUAAAGUGCGUUAAAAAAAAUUGUCGUCAAGGGAAAUCUGAGGAAUUUUGAAGGUUGGUAUUCUUAUUUUGAGCUCUUAGCUUCUAUUGUAUGGUUAUACAUACAUUUCAAACUUGAUAAAACGUGAAGUAAACGUUUCGAAUUUUUAUGAGAAUCUGCUAGAAAUUUCUCUUGAAAAUUUUCAUAUUGAAAAUUACGAUAGGAGUUAAUGCCAUUGAUAUUUUCAUUCUACGAAUAAUUACCAAUUGGUUCAAGAUAAGUGCUACAUUACAUUAACCCUACUUGACGACUAAUUUUUUUGAACGCACUUUAUUAUCUUCCACAUUUCCUUCCUUUAUUGAACAAAUGUACAAGUACUGAUAUAACAACUCUUGAUGACAAAUAUUCAGUUCCUCAAUUAUCCAUUUUUUUAAGAUAUCCAAAAGUAGCUGAUGUCAAUAGUUAUUUUAUUAAUAUACAGGGUGACCCAUUUUAUAAUUUUCUUAGUCUUCAGGGGUACAUCGGAAGUAGACUGACUUUGGUGGCUGCAUUCGUAUUCAAGGUCAUUUCAAGACGAAGUAGAUUUUUUGAAUUGGGAACAUGAAAUUUUUUUUCCAGAAUCUUUGUCGAGACAUGAAGUUUUUUAUGCUCAGAAUUGAUACAUUUGAAGAAGUGAGUAUUCAUGGGGACACAAAUAACGAACCAAUUUAUUUUUUUUUAAGAUGCAAACAAACAAUUCAAAAUUCACAGUUACAUGUGUAACAAUGUAUAAUUCAUUGGGAAGAGCCUGGAUCAAACAAUAUUUCAAAUGAAAGUUUCUUAGUCUUCAGGAGUAUAUCAAAUAAUGCACAUUUCCAAUCUGACUUUGGAGUCAAGGUCAAGUAGAUUUUUUCAAUAGGGAUCAAAAUAUACAUUUUUCUCUGCAGAAAAUUGAUUUUCGCGAAAAAC